GUACGGUCACUCUAAACAUCUCCGCCAUUUUAGCUGUAGCUGCAGAAAAAUUUUCGCAACAAUAGUUGAGGGAGCUGUUGUUUAUAAUGUAAAUAGAUUAUAUGUGUGAUUAUCGCAUAUUCGUAACAGCUAUAUAAAUAGUAAAUUGUCAACUACGGGCUUUACUUGCAUUUAUACGUACGCCGCACGCCGGUGGCUAGUUGUUCGACUGUACGAGCGGCUUGUAAUUGUGUGCGUGUGUGUGUGAAAGUGGAAAAAGUGUGCACGGCACCGCUAAAUAAGUUGGUCGCGUGCGCCUAAAAUCAAUUUUGUUGUUCAGUAAACGCUCACGCAACCAUGGCCGACGGGGUGGUGCUGGACUUGUAUGCCGAAGAUUUGGACAAAGAUUUUGCCGGGCAAGCUCAGGAUGAAUUUGGUGGCGACGGCGUCGAUUUGUACGAUGACAUCGGCGGCCCCACCGAGCCAGUAGCUGCAGGCGGCGGUGGCGGUGGUGGCACCCCAACUGGAGAUAAUGCAUCUGGACCUGGAUCCAUCGACGGCUCCUCUAAUGUCGGUCCCAAUGGAGUUUACCAUCAGGGCAGUGGUAACCAAACUCCAACAAUGAAUCGCCGUUAUCAGCUAUAUGUGGGUAACCUGACCUGGUGGACCACAGAUCAAGAUAUCUCGAAUGCUUUACGCGAAAUAGGCGUCAACGAUCUGCAGGAGGUGAAAUUCUUUGAGAAUCGUGCUAAUGGUCAAUCGAAAGGGUUUAGCGUAAUAUCGCUGGGCUCGGAACCUAGUUUACGCACUGUACUCGAUCAAUUGCCCAAAAAGGAAAUGCACGGCCAAACCGUGGUAGUCACCUACCCAAGCAAGCAAGCGCUUACGCAGUUCGAGAGCUUACAAAAGACACGUCCAGUACCGCCGCCGCAGCAAAACGGACCACCACGUGGACCCGCACCGCCCAACAUGGGUGGACCGAUGCCUCCGCAUCCGGGCGUACCCCAAGGUGUGCCUCCAGGACAUGCGCCACGCAUGAAUCCCAACUUGCCGCCAGGUCAAUACCGACCACAUAUGUCGCAAGUGCCGCAGGUUGGACCCAAUUCUGGACCUCCUCGAAUGCAGCCGCCAAUGCAUCCACAAGGCGGCCCAAUGGGCAAUCAACAGCCACCUCCCAGGUAUCCGCCAGCGCAAGGUCAAUGGCCAGGUCAACGUCCCGGUGGACCCCGACCGGGUCCACCAAAUGGACCACUCCAACGACCACCAAUGUUCCAGGGACCAAUGGGAAUGCCAGUUCGUGGUCCUGGGCCGGGUCCUGAUUGGCGUCGUCCACCUAUGCAUGGCGGCUUUCCGCCGCAAGGGCCGCCCCAGGGUCCACCUCAUAUGCAGGGUCCGCCUCGUCCGCAAAUGGGUCCUGGUCCACCACCUGGUUCGGGUGGACCACAUGGCGCUCCCGCUCCGCAUGUCAAUCCAGCGUUCUUUAAUCAACCGGGUGGUCCACCGCCGCAUCCAGGUAUGGGUGGUCCUCCACAUGGCCAACCAGGACCCCAGCCAGGCAUGAACAUGCCUCCUCAGCAUGGACCACCACCUCAUUUUGCACAACAGGGUGGACCGCGCAAUCCGUGGCCAGGACCUCCGCAAGGCAAACCGCCAGGCGCUUUCCCCGAUCCACAAAUGGGGCCGCAAUUAACGGAAGUUGAAUUUGAAGAGGUAAUGAGCAGAAACCGCACGGUCAGCAGCUCGGCGAUUGCCAGAGCUGUUUCUGAUGCUGCUGCUGGCGAGUAUUCAAGCGCCAUCGAAACAUUGGUUACAGCCAUUUCCCUCAUUAAGCAAUCGAAGGUAGCUCACGAUGAGCGCUGCAAGAUUUUGAUCAGCUCACUGCAGGACACACUGCACGGCAUUGAGGCCAAGAGUUACAAUCGACGCGAACGUUCGCGUUCCCGCGAUCGUUCUCAUCGCAGUCGUCAGCGUCGUGAGCGUUCAACUUCGCGCUAUCGUGAGCGUUCCCGUGAACGAGAGCGUGAUCGUGAUCGUGAGCGUGAGCGUGAUGGAGGCUAUCGAGAGCGUUCGCGCAGUCGUGAACGCGAGCGUCAGGCUCAGGACCACUACAGAGACGACAGCAGCAGCCGAUCUGCACGGCCACGUAAGUCUCCAGAGCCUGUUGUUGCAGAAGCCGCUGAAGCGCCGUCAUCUAAACGCUAUUACGAGGAACGCGAACGUUAUCGCUCUUCGGAUCGUGAACGUCGUGAUCGGGAUCGGGACCGUGAGCGUGAGCGCGAACGUGAUCGGGACAGGCGUGAGGAGCAUCGUUCCAGGCAUUGACUGCUACACAAGCGAGAGCAGAAUUAAUAACAACCAAUACACACCCAAAUACAUCUUACACCUCCUAGACACUCUUAUUAACACAACAUAAUAAUGAUGCAGCAAGCUGAACACGGCCAGCCACAAGAUUAACAAAUUUUGAUUUGUAUCUAACAUUACCAAUACGUAGGAUAUGAAUAUGGUAUAACAUAGUUUCUCCUAGACGUACUAAAGUAAGCCGAAAUGUUGACAAGCCUCUACAAAAAAUAAAAAACGAUACACAAUUGAACGACGGACUGCCAAGCCCACAAAAUCACCAUAUUAACGGCAUUAAUUCUGCAUUGCAUCUGAACACAUCCUGAUUGAGGUCGUCAGUGCGGAUGAAGGGACGGGACGGAUGGACAGCAGCUACAGACGAAAUAAACUACAAUCAACAUCAUCGACGUCAUCUUCGCCGCAGAAUUUCAAUAUUAUUGUACUUUAAUAUUUCGGUUUAUUUAAUAAAACAUAUAUAUAUAUGAAAACUAAAAAAUGUUCGAAAAAAUACUCAAACUGUCUUGCGUUGUGUGUCUUCUUGUACCCUAUACAUAUAUACAGAAAUAUAGUUUACGAAUCGAUAUACAUAUAUAUAUUUAAAUUGUACAACUACAACGCAUUUAAUAUAAAUAAUAUUGUUAUAUUAACACUUGCAUCUUUUUGCAAAUCGCAAAGAUUUAGCCAAAAAAAAAUAUAUGGCCAAGAAUCGUAAUAAGCUCAAUUGUAUUACAACUUUUUUUUUUGUAUAUCUUGCCUCAAGCAUUUAUUUAAAGUUGACUUUAUUUAUAUAAAUUUAAGCGAGCUUAUUGUGCGCGUCUGUGUGACUGAUCCUUAACUAUAAUUGUUGACUGACCUUAUCCAAUGGAUAAGUAGUAUAUAUUUAUAUACAUUUAUAGCUAGAAUGACAAUAUUAAUAUAAUGUAAAUAAGUGGUAUGGAUGAGCUGUUGUGUGUCUGUGAUGAUAAAUUAGACUAUACACAAACAUUAUAAACUAAUUGAGGCCUUAACAGCAUUUAUUGUAGCGUUUUUAAAUGCGAUCAAGCUUUUAUGUAGUUGCUAUGUAACACUGAUUUUUUCAUUUUUUUAUAUAUUCUAUAAACUUUAUUUUUAUUUGUACUAUGUACACAAACAUUUGUAAAUGAAAUUUAACUUAAAUCUUGCUACACUAAUCCAUAUGAUAUUUGUGUAAAUUAUAGUUUUCGACAUUUAGUACCUGUAACUUUCUUAGGUCUGAUCUAAUACGAAGUAUUACGACCUAUACGGCCGUUUAAUGCUUCUAAGCUAACGAUAUUUGUCUUGUACAAACAUAAAACUGUGAUUUUGAUUGAAAAUGAAUAUUCAUACAUAUACACUGUAAAUCAUGAACAACAGGUAACGUUAUAUAUACAUAUAUGUAUAUAAAAAAUAGUUUGUAAGUGCGUGUCUUGUUUAAUUUAAUCAGAUAAUAUCAAGAUUACAAAAUCAUAUUUAUGUCACCCAUACCUAAGACAAAUCGUUAUUAUUUUUAAUUUUUCCAUUAUUGUUUAAAACCAUACGCACUAUAAAUCACAAUCUUCUAUUUAGAGCAAAGACUAGUACUAACGACCCGAAAUAAAAUGUACAAUUAUAAUUUA